ACUAUUAUUUGUGCGUUCAAUUCACUCUCUCUCAAGAACGCUUCAUAUAAACUGAAAACCGAAUCAUCUUCUCUCUCUCCUCUGCUAAGUAAUCGAAAGAAUGGGGCUUGAAAGGUCAGUACUUUCAUUGUUUCUAGGGUUUCUUUUGAUCAAUCUGUGUCCAUCAACAAUGGCUCGGUUCGUGGUGGAGAAGAAUAGCUUGACAGUGACAUCACCAGACAGCGUCAAGGGAAAUUACGACAGUGCCAUUGGAAACUUCGGUAUUCCCAAGUACGGUGGCACCAUGGCUGGUACAGUGAUCUUCCCCAAGGAGAACCACAAAGGUUGUCGCAGUUUUGAAGAUUUUGGGAUCUCGUUUAAGUCAAAGACUGGUGCUUUGCCCACUUUCGUUUUGGUCGAUCGUGGAGAUUGCUUUUUUGCUUUGAAGGUCUGGAAUGCCCAAAGUGCUGGUGCUUCUGCAGUGCUUGUAGCUGAUGAUCUUGAUGAAGCGUUGAUAACCAUGGACACGCCUGCGGAGGAUAUUGCAUCUGCAAAAUAUAUCGAAAACAUCACAAUACCAUCUGCACUGAUUGAGAAAAGUUUUGCUGAAAAAUUAAAGAAAGAACUCAGUGGUGGGGAAAUGGUAAAUGUGAAUCUUGAUUGGAGAGAAGCUGUUCCGCACCCAGAUGAUCGGGUAGAGUAUGAGUUGUGGACCAACAGCAACGAUGAGUGUGGGUUUAAAUGUGAUAUGUUGAUAGAAUUUGUGAAAGAUUUUAAGGGUCCAGCUCAGAUUCUUGAGAAAGGUGGCUAUACUCAAUUCAGACCUCAUUAUAUAACUUGGUACUGUCCUCAGGCAUUCACAGUAAGCAAACAGUGCCAGUCCCAAUGUAUCAAUCAUGGAAGAUAUUGUGCUCCUGAUCCUGAACAGGAUUUUAGCAGAGGUUAUGAAGGGAAAAAUGUGGUUCUUGAAAACUUAAGGCAGCUUUGUUUGUUUAGAGUGGCAAAUGAGACUAAAAAGCCCUGGGUCUGGUGGGACUACGUGACUGAUUUUCAAAUUAGAUGUCCCAUGAAGGAGAACAAAUACAACAAGGAAUGUGCUGAGGAUGUGAUAAGAUCUCUAGGACUUGAUCUUAAAAAGAUCGAGAAGUGCAUGGGAGACCCACAUGCCGAUUCUGACAAUCCCGUUUUGAAAGAGGAGCAAGAUGCUCAAGUUGGAAAAGGAUCACGAGGUGAUGUAACAAUAUUGCCUACCCUUGUUGUCAAUAAUCGACAAUACAGAGGGAAGUUGGAGAAAAGUGCUGUUUUGAAGGCCAUUUGUGCGGGUUUUGAGGAAACUACUGAGCCGGCUGUUUGUUUGAGUGCUGAUGUGGAGACAAAUGAGUGCUUGGAUAAUAAUGGUGGCUGCUGGCAAGAUAAAGCAGCUAACAUAACUGCAUGCAAGGAUACAUUUCGUGGGAGAGUUUGUGAAUGCCCCCUGGUAGAUGGUGUGCAGUUCAAGGGAGAUGGUUACAGUAACUGUCAAGCAAGUGGGGUAGGGCAUUGCAAGAUCAAUAACGGAGGUUGUUGGCAUGAAACCCGAGAUGGACGCACCUACUCUGCUUGCUUGGAUAUUGGGGACAGCAAAUGCGCGUGCCCUCCAGGGUUCAAAGGUGAUGGUGUCAAAAGUUGUGAAGACAUUGAUGAAUGCAAAGAGAAGAAAGCAUGCCAGUGCCCCGAAUGCACCUGCAAGGACACCUGGGGUAGCUACGAAUGCACUUGCAGUGGAGACCUCCUGUAUAUGAGGGACCAUGAUACUUGCAUAAGUAAAAGGGCAACCGAAGUGAGAUCUUCAUGGGCAGCUGUUUGGGUCAUUUUGAUAGGUUUGUCUAUGGCUGCUGGCGGAGCAUAUAUGGUGUACAAAUAUAGAUUGAGGUCAUACAUGGAUACAGAGAUCAGGGCUAUAAUGUCACAGUACAUGCCUUUGGACAGCCAAGGAGAGGUUCCAAAUCAUGUCAGUCAGGAUCGAGCAUAGAAAGAACACAUUAUCAUUAUUUUCCCAAGAAUUUGGGGCCGAUGCUAGAAGUCCUACGCCAUCACAUUGAUCCAAAGUUUGUGGGUAGAUCUAAAAUGUCUCUGUAAAAUAUGUGCAAGAUCUGAACUUGUACCAAUGUUUAUUUGGAAUGUUACAUGUUGAAUUGAAAUAGGAUCUGGAUUUGGAGGAGAUCAAGUAGGACCAGGCUAUAGUGAAAAAAUCUUCUUUCUUUUUUAUUAUUUUUAUUUUAAAAUUGAAACUCCAUAAAUUGUCUACUGUUACGAUUGCUUAUUUGUUGAUGUAAGUACAAUUAACAUUUUUAUUUGCACAUUGGACAAAAUUUGUAUGUAUAUAUACUUAAACAACUUUCAGUUGUC